AUGCGACCUGUCCAACAGAUUUUAAGCUCUCCGGUUGACAAAUGGGGUCUGAAGGCUCUUUUAUAUGAGAUCAAGAUGGGAAUAGGCAAGGACAGAGGAAGACUGCUGUUUGGCGAGGAGCUGAGCGAGUUGGGUGUGGAUCUGGACCAAUCAGAUCCUCUGUUCACGACUUUUGCCACACCGUGGAUAGAUCAAUCGUCUCUGCCUCGCCAAAACAUCACGGAGCCAUACCACACCCCAUCAUGCUACCACGUCAACGCCCCAGCGGUCGAGUCGAAAAUCGGUCUCUUUUCUGAGGAGACCUUAUUCUACGCGUUUUACAUGUGCCCUGGUGACUUGCUGCAAUUGGAAGCCGCAGAGGAAUUAUUCAAUCGAGGGUGGCGUUUCCACAUGGAGAUGCAGGUUUGGAUGACUUCUCAACAACUCACUUCAACCCCUCUCGACCUUCCUUCCCCCCAAUGGGUUCGAGGCUCUGUCACCCUAUGGGAUCCGCGUAUAUUCAGCAGGCAUAACACUGGCGAGGACUUCAUGGUGGACGCAAGUCAAUUUGAGGUCACACGACCGGCUGGACAGACAGUGGCCGAGGAGCGGGCAAAGAAGGAAGCAGCCAAGUCGCCAAACGGACCUAAUGGGAAUUUGGGCGUAAGCCAUAGUGCGUCCACAGGGUACGGUGCUCGGUGA